CAAUUUCAAUGCAAUUUGCCCAGUUUGUCAACACGCUGACAAUCUUCUAACUACACGUUCUUUCGCAUCACGUUCUUUACUCUACAUACUCCUGAGGCAACCUGAACGGCAGCGUAAAGCUGGCUCUUUCACUGUUACGACAUGAACUCUCCGCUGUUGCGACAGGAAUAUGGCGACUCGUCGACUAGCUUGCUACCUCCAAGGGCACAAGGUCGCUCCAGGUCGCCAACAGUGAGCGAGUAUGACACGGGAUUCGCAGGACCAAGCAGAUCUCCCAGUCCUUCAACGUAUGAAAAUUCGCUCGCCGACAAAUAUGCCUUACAACUCAAUCCCGAAGACUGGGGCACGAGCGCUCUGCACGUCGACACACCUGAACCAGAUGAUUACCUUCACACUCCAGACCCAAAGCGUGAUCUUAAGAGUGACAAGGGAGGUCACAUUUUCACUGCGCGAGGGAUUGCAAACCUGGGAUGCCUAUUUCUCUUAGUCGCAUCGAUGCUUAUGUUAUUCCUCGUGUUUCCAAUCGUUAGUCACCUGUCCAGGAAGAAGCCAACUCCUCAGAGCGGAUUCAAUCUCGGUGGUACCAAUGCAACGGGACAGAUUCCAUCGAUGCCUGGCAACCGCGGCGUCAUAGAUGUGGACACUCCGAAGGAAGCCUACACGAAGGCAUCGUACAUGAACCAAAACGACAUGUGGGACCUUGUUUUCUCUGACGAGUUUCAAGUUGAUGGACGGUCAUUUUAUCCGGGAGACGAUCCAUACUGGGAGGCUCCAAACCUGCACUACUGGGGCACGAAUGAUUUGGAAUGGUACGAUCCAAGCCAAGUAACAACGAAAGGAGGCGCAUUGCAAAUCACAUUGGAAAAAGCUGAUCCUGCCUCAAACCACAAUCUUACAUACAGAUCAGGCAUGGUCCAAACAUGGAAUAAAUUCUGUUUCACAGGUGGCCUCAUUGAAGCUUCCGUUAUCCUGCCGGGAUCUAACAAUGUCCAUGGUCUUUGGCCUGCUGUCUGGACAAUGGGAAAUCUAGGUCGUGCAGGCUUUGGUGCUAGUUUAGAAGGAUUGUGGCCAUACUCAUACGACAGUUGUGACGUUGGCACGUUGCCAAAUCAAACUUUUCCUGGGACAUCCAAGCCGCUUGCUGCUGUACAGAACGGCGAUCCUGAGAAUGGUGGCGUCUUGUCAUAUUUGCCUGGUCAACGACUGUCUGCUUGUACCUGCCCUGGUGAAUCACAUCCUGGUCCAGUCCGUACAAAUGGCAAUUACGUUGGCCGUUCUGCACCGGAGAUCGAUAUCUUCGAGGCGACAGUUGAUGGUGGGAUUGGCAAGGUUUCACAAUCAGCACAAUGGGCUCCUUUCAAUGCGGGAUACCAAUGGUUGAACACUUCCGACAAUCUGCAGAUUUAUCAUCCAAACAUGACUAUCCUCAAUCCUUACCAUGGAGGAGCGUUUCAACAAACUACUAGUGGUCUCUCACUCACGGACCAAGAUUGCUAUGAGUUUGAUAUGGGUUGCUAUAGCGUCUACGGGUUUGAAUACCAACCGGGGUUUGACGCUGGAUACAUCACUUGGAUCAGUGGCGGCGAGGCCGUCUGGACAGUCUAUUCUAGUGGACUAGGGCCUGAUACUGAGACCGAGAUUGGUGCCCGUAUCGUCUCUCAGGAGCCCAUGUAUAUCAUUGCCAACCUUGGAUUCUCACUCAAUUUCGGAGGAAUUGAUUUCGGGGACCUCCAGUUACCUGCGACCAUGUCGAUUGACUAUAUUCGCGUCUAUCAGCCUUCAAAUGCGCACAACAUUGGGUGCGAUCCCCCCGACUUCCCGACUGCCACUUACAUCGAAACGUACAAGGAAGCUUAUACUAACUUUAAUCUCACUGGGUGGAGCUCCCCAAGUUAUAAUCAGACAGUACCUAAGAACAGAUUGAACGGAGGGUGUUGAGCACUUAUUCAUUCGUACAUUCACGACUUGCAGGAUCAUUGCUUAUUGGGACUUGGGUUGUUUCAUUGCAUAUCAUUCUUGCAUCACACGCAUUUUACUGAUGGUUCUUGCACAUAUCCGCAUCACAUUCACUACUGUUACUUAAUACUUACCUUGGGUAUAUACUACAGAUGCUUAUUCAAUAAAUUGUUGAUUUCUGAUCAC